CAGUUGCGGGGUGAGGACGUGGAUUGGUUUGCAAGGAUGCUGCCUGAACCUGAACUCCUCCAUUUCCUCCGGCAGCUGCCAGAGGGAUCGGUCGGAGUGGGAGCCGAGCUGAGGUGAGCGCACUCGGCGGCCCUCCGGCAGGGGUAGGCAACCACUGUUUACUCCCGGCCUCUGCUUCCGCCACACUGCCGCGCCGCGCCACGCACUCCAAAGAUCUGCGCGGAUAAAAGCCCCGGCACACCUCGUCCCGGGGUCGCGCGGUGAAAUCCAUCGUCCCGCACCCUCGCUCGCCAUCAUGUCCUCCUCCUCCGGCUCCGGCUCGUCUCUCCAGCCGCCUCCCGCCGGUGCGAUCGGCGGCACCUCCCCCUACUCCGCGUCCUCGUCGUUCCUGCCCUCGUUCAUGAUCAUCGCCGCGCUGCUCGCCUUCGUCUUCCUCGCCUCCGUCGCCAUCCACCUCCUGCUCCGCUUCCUCUCGGCAGUCCGCACCUCCUCCUCCUCCGCCACGUCGGGGCCGCCGCUCCCCCGGACCCACCGCGACGGCGAGGCGGGCUCGGGGUCGGCGGGGAGCGCGGCAGGUUAUUCGGCGGAGAGACCCGCGACGGCCGCGGCCGAGGGCGGGAAGAAGGAGGAGGCGCCGGGCGACGACAAGCAGCGGCUGAUCGACUCGCUGCCGCUGUUCACGAUGGCCUCGGCGCUGGCGGCGCUGCCCAAGAGCUCCCCCGACUGCGCCGUCUGCCUGUCGCCGUUCACCCCCGACGCGGAGCUGCGGCUACUCCCCGCGUGCCGCCACGCGUUCCACGCCGCCUGCGUCGACGCCUGGCUCCGCACCACGCCGUCCUGCCCGCUCUGCCGAGAAGCCGUCGCGCCCCCGCACCCGUCGCUCACCGCCGCCAUGCUCGCCGCCGCGCGGCAGUCGCCGAGAAGCAGGGGCCAGUCCGGGCGGAGCUUCCUCGUGGAGAUCGGCACCGUCAGCAGCCGCGGCUCGUCCCCGGCGGCUGCCCGCGGCGGCGGCGGCGGCGACAGGAACAGCCGCACCUACUCGCUCGGCUCCUUCGACUACCAGAUCGACGAGGAGGUGGAGGCCGUGGUGUCCCGCGUCGCGCGCAUCAUCGCCGCGAGAGAAUCGAGCACCGUGAAGGAGGAGAAGCCCCCAGCCGAGGAGGGGUCGGCACCUUCGCCGGCCACGGCGCCGGUGCCCUCGCCUCCUGGCGAAGCGGUGGCCGCGGCGGCCGGCUCCUCCCGCGGGUGGCUGAGGGAGUACGUGGAGCGGCUGGCCUCGUCGGCCUGCACGUUCUCGGAGCGGUGGAGCUCGCGGUGGAGCCAGGGGGGCCAUCAGCGGCAGGAGGAGCCGUGGCUGUGGGACGCGGAGGCCGCGGGGAUGUCGGCGCCGCCGGGGUCGGACGAGGAGGAGGAGGAGACGGCGUUCAUGGUGAUGUACCGCUGGAUCGCCGGGGUGUAAGCCUGAUCGAAAAAGCUGACCAGGGCUUCCGUGUCAAGUUGCUAGUUCAGGUUCAGGUUCAGGUUCAGGUGAGGUGAUCCAAAUGUUUUGGAAGCUCCCGUUGACUGGUGCUUGGUGCAGGCGUCAGCGGCAGCAGAGUGUAUCAGCAUUUGCACAUAUCAUAUCAUGGAUCCUCGGAGUUCGCAUUUUGGAACGCCAGGAGAUAAGAUAAACGUGCAUGCAGAACUGUUUACUGCUCGCAGUAGUAUAGUCUGUGAUUUUUUCCGUUGCA